CCUCUCUCUCUCCCUCCCCUUCUCUCUCGGUCUCUCUCUCUCUCUCUCUCUCUCCUCCUCUUCUUCUCCUCCAUCACUUGUUCUCUACAGGAGAAUCCUCCUCCUCAUCCACCGACCACACGGACUCCUGCCUGCCCGCCUGCCCGCCUGCCUCUCUCCUCUCUCGGCUGUCUGUGUCGCGGAGCACCGGACCUUCUUACCGGGACUCUCGGUUCUCCACGCCGAUCAGAACGCAGUGCAGGGCGGCUGCAGAGCGGAGGGGGGGUCGGAUGGACGGAUGCGGGGUCUCGUGUCUCACCUUGGGAGGAGAGCUCAGCCUGCAUUACCUGACCCCUGACCUCUGACAUGUCACCUCUGAUGCCUGACUACUGAGUGAUACCUCAGAGGAGGAGUGACCAGCAGGCGGGAUGGAGGGAGAAGGAGAGGACCAGAGUCGAGGAGAAGAGGCUGAAACCUUCUCUACAGUGGGGUCAUCUUUAGCCCGAGGAGGAGGAGGAGGAGGUGGCGACUGCAGACAAAAUUGCCUCAUUAACACCCACAGGCUGGGGGUGGAGCCACGAGAGAAUCGGAUGUCUGUGUACUCAGCUCCUCAGUAUCAGGGUCAUGUGGUGGUGAGUGCCCCCCCUCAGCAGGAGCAUGGCGGCACUCCUACUCAGCUCCUGAACCCUAGUGCCCUCCUCCCUCACCAGGUGGUGGUGGACCCCCACCUCAGGCCGACCCCAGCCUUCCUCCCCUGCCUAGACGGUAUCCUGCAGGCAUGGGGGGAGGCAGGGGGAGGUGACUGCUGCGAGACCACCUUCAUUGAGGGGCUUGUUCCUGAUGCUUCCUCGUCCUGCGCCGCCACCGCAAAGGAGGCGAUGCUGUUCACUGAGGGGAGGUUUCUGAAUUUUCCUAGAGAUAACACAAAGAUUCACACGUUGUCGUACGAAAUCGACGAUGACGAUGAGUUCCAGGAGCUGGAGAGUGAUUACUCCAGCGAAUCAGAGAGCGAGGACACCUUCCUGUUAAUACCUCCCAGAGAUCACCUCGGUCUCAGCGUCUUCUCCAUGCUCUGCUGCUUCUGGCCACUGGGCAUCGCAGCGUUCUACCUGUCACACAAGACCAAUAAGUCGGUGUCUAAAGGAGACUUCCAUCUUGCCAGCUCCAGCUCGAGGAGGGCUCUCUUCCUGGCCGUAUUGUCAAUCACUAUUGGGACAGGUAUCUAUGUGGGUGUGGGCGUGGCACUCAUCGCCUACCUUUCCAAGAACCACCACUGGUAGUGAUGGAAACUACGCCCUGUUCUCAACCUGGACUCUGGCCUCAGGUGAGCGUUUCCUCAGCAGGUCGGCUCAGGAGGACGAGACUGGUGUUGCUGGAGCUAUUAAAGACUUCAACCUGAAAGCUUUGAACCAAUCAGAUCCCAGGAUCUGUGUGAGGAACUGUGGGAGUUUGGAACCAAGUGGAAUAAACAAAGCUUUAGCUCCCGUUUUUCUGUGUGUUUCCAGUGUUUAUUUCUCCUUCUGGAUCCCUGAGACUGUAUCACUUGAACUUGAUGGAUAAUUUCUUGUCAAACCGUUGAUUUUUUGUUUGACAAAAUAAAAACUGUUAAACUUGC